AUGCAUAAGUUCCAACUGAAGGGUGAACGGUUUGGAGGUGCUGGUCGAGGAAGAGGAAGAGGUUUUGUUAGUAGUAGUGAAAUUUGCUUUAGAUGUGGUGGCACUGGGCACUGGGCUAGAGACUGCAAGGGCCGAGCACCAGUUGUAAAGUUAGAAGAGCCAGAUGAAAAUGCUGAAGAAGCUUUUGAGUUGCCAACACUUGAAGAAGUGGCCCGUACCACAGCUACACUACGAUGUGAUCCUAUUGUUCCUGCGCAUUCUAGUCAGGAAAAUGAGUCUGAAAUGAAGGAGGAAGAUUAUGUCCUAAUGAAUGUGAUCCGUCCUGAUUAUGAAAAGCCGACUCCUCCAGAAGCCAUGAAACCCCUCUACCAUCUUGAGGAAGAUGGCAAGGUAAUAGCGACUCCACCAGAGGUUUAUGAAGCUCUUGCUGAUUUUGGUUACAAGUCAUUUAGACCUGGUCAAGAACUCGCUAUUAUGCGGAUCCUUUCAGGCCUGUCCACUUUAGUGGUUCUUUCUACUGGAAUGGGAAAAUCUCUUUGCUACCAGCUUCCAGCCUACCUGUAUGCCAAAAGGUCAAAAAGCAUUGCGCUAGUUGUCUCUCCAUUAGUGUCUCUUAUGGAUGAUCAGGUUUCUGGUCUCCCCCCCAAAAUAAAAGCUGCCUGCAUUCAUUCCAACAUGACAAAAAAUCAAAGAGAAGCCGCUAUUGAAAAGGUGAAAGAAGGCAAAGUCCACGUACUACUUCUGUCUCCUGAGGCACUUGUUGGCGGUGGACAUGCUGGAUCUGGCUGCCUGCCUCCUGCCGAUCAGCUUCCCCCAGUAUCCUUUGCAUGUAUAGAUGAAGCACAUUGUGUAUCUGAGUGGUCUCACAAUUUCCGGCCCUGUUACCUUAGGCUUUGUAAAGUUCUUAGAGACCGCUUGGGUGUGCGAUGUUUGCUAGGUCUGACAGCAACUGCAACUCUUGCCACAGCACGUGAUAUUGCCCAUCACCUGGAGAUCCAAGAUGAAGAUGGAAUUGCAGUUAGAUCUGCAGCAGUGCCUCCUAAUUUGCAUCUGUCUGUGUCAAUGGACAAGGAAAAAGAUUAGGCUCUUGUGGGUUUGCUGAAAGGUGAUCGAUUUGGCUCACUGGACUCCAUUAUUGUCUACUGCACUCGGAGAGAGGAGACUAACCGUAUUGCUGCCUUGCUGCGUACUUGUAUGCAAGGUGUAUGGCUACCAGGCACAGGGGGCGAAGCCCCCUAGUCUUAAACAUAAAAGUCUACGUCUGAGUCUUAUCAUGCAGGCAUGUCUGCAUCUCAGCGUCGAAGAGUCCAGAACAACUUCAUGUGUGGUGAGCUGCGUGUUGUUGUGGCAACAGUGGCUUUUGGAAUGGGCCUGGACAAGUCAGAUGUGCGUGGGAUCAUCCACUAUAACAUGCCGAAAAGCUUUGAAAGCUAUGUGCAGGAAAUUGGCAGAGCUGGCAGAGAUGGGAAAUCCGCCCAUUGCCAUCUUUUUCUGGACCCUGAGGGCGGAGAUCUUUGUGAACUACGAAGGCAUAUUUAUGGAGAUACUGUUGACUAUUUCACUGUGAAGAAACUGGUGCAGAAAUUAUUUCCACCUUGUAAGUGCCGUCAAAUAAAUGAAAAACAGCAGGCUGUACUUAAGUUUGGGGAAGUUGAAGAUGAAGAGAUGCUUAGUCUUCCUGAUCCUUCCAAUGGGCAGUCACCUUCCAGUGUUCACCAGCAUCAGGAGGAAGAACAAAAUUGCAAUGAAACACAAAAUGUCACCAGAGUCUGUCACACUCAUGAACGUGCAGUUCCUAUCCAAGAAACAGUGGAAGCUCAUGACAUAACAGAAGAAGGUAUAGAGACUAUACUUUGCUAUCUGGAACUGCACCCUCAGCACUGGGUGGAGUUGCUACACCCCACACUCUCUUCUUGUCAUUUGGUGUGCUAUAGUGGACCCCAGCAGCUUCGAGCUAUUGCCAAGAUUUGUCCCCCAGUUGCAGUAGCACUUGCCCGUAAGAGGCUGGCUGGCGAGAGCCUUUCCCACUCAAGUUCGGUGACAUUCGAUGUGGUGGAACUGGCAGACUCUAUGGGUUGGGAGCUUAUUCCAGUCAAAAGAACUCUCCGGCAACUCCAGUGGAAGACUGAGAGAGGUCCCCCAGGCUUUAGAGGGACAGGAAAGAGUGGUGUCCUGGUGGAGUUUUCCAGUUUGUCCUUCCACUUCCGUUCUUAUGGAGAUCUAACUCACCAGGAAAUGGACAGUAUUUGUGAGUUCUUACACCAGAGAAUUCAGGCUCAAGAGAAGACUCAGCUGUAUCAGCUAAAAGCUUGCUUUAAGGCCUUCUUUAGUGUUGCUUACCAUAACUCUACUUCUUGUUCUGAUAAGAUGGAUGAUGACAGGAGCCAAAAGCUGAAGGCCUUGCUAAUGAACUACUUUGACAAGAAGGCUGAACUGGAUCUAAGCAAAAAGUAUGAAGAGGAUAAAGAGGACUGUGAACUUAGUAAAUAUAAGUUAAAAGACUGGGGGGAUCAGAUUCGUGCAGACAUAAGAAGUUUCCUUUCAACUCGCAAUGAAGAAAAGUUUUCUGGAAGAGCAAUAGCCAGAAUAUUUCAUGGAAUUGGAAGUCCUUGUUAUCCUGCAUUGAUUUAUGGAAAGGACAGAAGAUUCUGGAGAAAAUAUAUUAAUUUUGAUUUCAAUGAAAUCAUCAGAAUAGCAACUGAGGAAAUUAUAAGAACCAAGUAAAACUGAGCAUUAUAACUUGGUAAUCUGUAUUUAUAUGUUUCGUCUGUGAUUUAUUUAAUUGUAUAACAUCUGUAAGUUUUUUUUAAUGAAAUUGUAUCUUUUUUAAUAUCAAAAUAAAAACUUUAUGCUUUA